AUGUUUUUUGCUGGCGACCAGAGGCAGGCGGCGGUGGCGGCACCGCGGCGUUUGGUCGACGAGAGGUUCGAUUAUAGCCGCGGAUUGCCGGUUCCAGACCUGCUCUUGGUACUGGUUUUACCGUUACUACGUCGCUAAGUCAGUAAGGGAUAAGUGUAGGUGGCGCAAAGUCGGGUUUUAAAUGCCUUUAGAUCGAUCGGAUCGAAGGAGUGGGUAGGCCGCGGGGGGUCGGAGAGAAGCCUCGAACUGGACUGAGACGGUUGCCGGGCGCAGUAGCCGUCUGAGCCGGCCGUGGUCUGCAGGAAAUAGGGGUAAUAAUCAACCAGUGGAUCUCUAAUCGUGCGUGAUUUUCUCCCUAAAAAGAUCUCCAAGUUUAAAUGAUGUUGUACUGUUUAUAUCUGAGCACAUUUUUUGGUGGGUGGGAGAUUUUGAAUGAAGCUUUUUGAUUUUUAUCCCUCCGGUAGUAGUCAGCUUGAUGGACUUCCUGAAGGUCUACCUUAACUCGGGUUUGACGUGGCAACGCUGUUGCCCUUCCUGGGUAUUAAUCCUAAAUCAGUUUGCCAUCUCCCAUUUUCUGGGAAUUUCUUCCGUGGGGCCCCAUGAUGACCUUUGAGAGGUGUCUGUGCUUUUGGACUUGUCACUGGGGUAACCUAACUUCCCUUGCAAACGUGUUGAAAUUGUUAUCUGAAUAUGAGUUUGUGAAAUCCAGUCUGCCCUUUUGUGAGACAGAUUGAUCGGACUGAACAAAGUUGUCCUGGGGUUCCAGUUUUUAAAAAGAAUAUAGUUAUGCUCAGCUCCACAGUGCUGAAUUUUAAAAAUAUUUUUGGCUUUCUGCCCUUCAACUUGGGCUGACUUGACAUUUUUCUAUUUGCACCCUGUUUUGAAUUAUGCAACCAAAGUUUUUGUUAGUUGAUAUUUAAAUUGUUUCUAUUGAAUUUUUCUUUUGCAGUCCUGCCUUGUAAAUUGCAUGGCGGAUGAUAUAUGAUGAGUGCAUCAUGAUUUACCUGGAGGGCAAAUAUGAAUGGAAUAUGAUUCAAAGUCUUGGAGAGGGGAGGAAAUAAUCAUUGUAGGUGGUUCAUCUGCUAAAUUAAGUGGAGUUGCUUACCAUGUCACAGAAUCUGAAUACCAUCUUUGUUGUGGCAUUAAUUUUUUUAAGACCUCUUCUGAUUGUUAACUUCAUUUCUUUCUGUGAAGAGGAGUCCUUAAACAGUGUUCUGCUGAUGGAAGCUCCCAUUGAUUAGUUUUUUAAAAAAAAAUGGGAACUCAUUCUUUGACUGAGAACAAGUGUGCUUUCCUCCAAGUUGUCACUGUAGAACUACCUGGAUGAGAUGACAUGGUUUUGCAAGUGCAGAGAAUACAUAACUGGUGCUGGGGGCAUCUUCUCAUUGCGUUUUACUAAAUUUGUAUUUUUCCCCAGGCUGUGUUUAAAUUUUGCAUGAUUGUUUGCAGAAACAGCAACACCAGUCUCGAUUUGUGAUUAAAUGUCCCUUUCUGUGUCAUCCCACUUUGUUAAUAUACCUUUGUCUGUGGGAACUCUACCAGCUGUAAAACAGAUGCAUUUUUAACAAAGGCUUAAGCAUGUGUUUGUACAGAGCUAAACCACUUUUGGUAUCAGACUUAAGUAAAGCGCAAUGAGGAAUAGAUGAACAUAAAUACCAGCAUGCAGAGCAGCAUUAUGCCUCUUAUGCGUAACGUUCUCAAAAUGGACAUUCUGAUCAAAUUGGUGUGUUUUUGUUCUCUGUGCUCCUACCCAGCCCUCAAGCUGGUAGUAGAGCUAGGUGAAGCUCUGUGACAGAGGUAUUCUUCUGGGAACCCUACUACAAGCAUGGUCUAUUUUCAGAAUGUCAAGUAAUUAACCAGAUGUUGCAUCUUUUGUAAAUACGUCUUGUAUUCAGAUGGAGACCAAGCCCACUGACUUCAAAGUUUGUAGUUAUCCCCAAAAUUCCAUCCCCCAAGGUCCCCCAUUGUAUGACUACUUCCGAGAUGUUUCAGUGUCGUGAGAUGCUGUGAAAAUGCAACACAUUAUUUUGUUGCUUUAGGUCCAUGUUAGUGACCUAUCAUUUCUGUGCUGUGUACAUCCCAGUAGUUGUUCUGACUGAUCAGCUUUCAGCAUUCAAAUCACACUUUAACUAAAUCUGUUCCAGAGUUGAAGAUUUUUUUAGGUUUCCAUUUGUUCUCUCUAGUGGAUACAGCUGCAGAAUUCUUAACCGUUUAAUAUGACUCAACCUAGCUGAAUCCCUCCUUUUAGACUCAGUUCGUCUGAAUUUGAAUCCCAGCUUGGAGUCAUGGUCAAGGUGCUCCUUCUGAAUGCAAUGGUAGCAACUCCUAAUUUUUAGCUGUAAUUUUACUAUGUUUGAAAACUAACUGGUUGCAGCUAACUCUGGGCAUUUGUUCUGAAAAUAUUGAACCUUCCUGAUUUUAAAGCUGCAGUAUCUCCUUUUGCACAUAUCUCGUUUCUCUGUCUAGUGAUCUGUUGAUGUUGAUCAUGAGCUAUGGUCACUCAGGAGAAUAUUUGAUCCUGUUAUCAAGUGGGUGAGUUGUGCUUCAAGCACCCAGUUUCUUGCAGAAAUGGUGCUUUGCGCAGAAACUUGUAGUACCUUCACUUGAAAAAGCUGCAGUGACUUCUCACAAGUCCAACUUUUGCAUGCUGAUGGCUACGUUGGGUGUUAUGAAUAAUCCUCUCUGGGUAAUCUGCAAGAUUUAAUUUUCUGCAAAAUAUUCUUCCUGUGGGUACUGAAUCCUAGCACGAUAUAUGCAGUGUCCAUUUUGAUUCACUUGCGUUAGCUGGCACUGCUUGAGCUUACCAACCUGUGAUCACGUUCAGAGGAGUUGUUCAGGCAGGAGCCGUAAAUAACCCCUACUGCAGGGCGUGUUAAGAAAUGUCUGUUUGCAAAUGGGGAUACUCCAGUGAAAAGGUGUUUUUUUAAUUGACGGAGGUUUGAGUGUCAAAGCAUGCAGGGAAUGCUGCUUACAAAUUUGGGGAGGUUGUUUGUGCUUUUCUUCAAUAGGUGCAGCUGUCCUGGAGAAGCAGAAUCGGAACCCGUGUGUGUGUUUUUUUAUUAAUUAAAUUAGCCAUUUUCACCACAAAACAAAUCCAUAAUCCAAGGCCAACCAAGGCUGCGGAAUUUCGUGGAAGAUUAUAGAAAAAAAAGUAGGAUGUUUCCCAUCUGCUGUAAAUGUAGCCGAUGCCUGGCUACGUUAUUAUGAACUUUAUCGGAGGAGUUGAUUUUUUAAUCCCUGGCUUCCUGCAGUUCAACAGAGAAGAAGAAAGACUCAUGCUAACACCUUCAAGUAGAGCAUUUCUAAGGCACUUUGUGCAUGCAGAUCCCAAAUAUUUCUAUGCAGUUUGUGAAGAUGGAGGUGAUGCUGAGCCAUUUAUAACUGAUGGAUUGAGUGUUGGUUGGCCUGCAGGGUCACGUUGACUGGAUGUCUGAAGAAACCCAACCAUAUUGCUGACCAUUCAAAGAUAAAGGGUGAAGAAGGUUCCAGAAGAUUAGCAUCCUGUCGUCUCGCCGAUACGGAUUAUCUUGCAUUGCAACUGAACAGAUAAGAGUGUGGACAAAGUAACAGUAAAAUCUUUUGUUUGUUUGGAAGGAGCUGUUAUAAUCCAGCCAUGACUCAACAAGGAGAUGAUUGCUACUUUUACUUCUAUUCUACGUGCACCAAGGGCGACAACUGUCUUUUUCGGCACUGUGAAGCAGCCCUUGGCAGUGAGACUGUUUGUACCCUAUGGCAGGAAGGUCGCUGUUUUCGGCAGGUCUGCAAGUUUCGUCACAUGGAGAUUGAAAAACGGCGGAGUGAGAUCCCAUGCUACUGGGAGAAGCAGCCCACUGGCUGUACGAAGUUGCACUGUGCUUUCCGUCACAGCAUGCCUCGCUUCGUUGAAGGAGUUUACUUCCCUGCUACGAAAGGUGUCCAAACCAAACAGGAGGUGUCUGAGGCAGCUGAUGAGCCCAAGUUACCACAGUUACCCGUAAACCAGCUGCAACAGCCCAAGAUUCCAAUUCCAUCUAAUCCAUCCCCUCAAGUUCGAGGGGUAAUGAAACUGGAGGCAUCAGAAAACGUUCCAAGCCCGACUCACCCUCCUGUGGUCAUCAAUGCUGCAGAUGAUGAUGAAGAUGAUGACGAUCAGUUUUCUGAAGGCGAGGAAAAUAAAAACAUGCCGCCCCCUACUGCAGAAGAACAGAAUGGCAUCCGUGUUACUUCUGACAAGAAACAGGCUGUCCAUGUUAAGAAAGAUUGCAAUUUGGAUUUUGGUAUAAAAACCCUAGAGCAAAUUAGACAGAAGAAAUUAAUGAAGGAGAAAGUGAAGAAAAUGGAUGAGCUCCCAAUAGAUCUGGCAACACAGACACAAAAGGUGGAGCCGAAUCGCGAAAACCUAGUCAUUGAAAAGGAAAAUGUCAGAACAGUUUUCCGAAAAGUAACCGUAUCUCCAAAGAAGUUAGGCAUUAGUGAAGGUGAAUUGCCUUUCAAACGUAGUCUUGUCGAAAGACUUGGCAAAAAGAAAGUGACGCCAAAGGAAUCCCCUGAGGAAUUGCCAGUCAAAGCUGAGAUUGAAACAACUUUAAAGCGUAACCUUUCUGAGAGACUUGGCAAAAGGAAGAUACUGACUGAGGAUGGUUCUGAAGAGCUAGCACAAAAAGUUCAAAAUCCCAGGUCCAUAAGGGAGAGACUCGGUCUGCCUGCAGAAAUUUCCACAGCAGAAAAUGAAAAACCUGUUGGUAAAACGGAAGGUUCUGGAGAAAUCAGAGUGAAAACCUUGGAUGAGAUUCGCAGGGAAAAGGCUGCCAAGAGGGACCUUGUUGAUGGCAAUGGAGACUUUAAAGCUGGUAUUGGUGUUACUGGUCUUAAUAAACCUAUUCAGGCCUCCACUUUCCUAGAGGAAGCAUCUCAAAUUAUUAGGACAGUACGAGUGAAAACAGCCUCUGAGUCACUACUGAAGAAGCAGGGGCAGCUUCCAGAAGAAACUGGAAAAGAUAAUGCAUCCAAAAAGCUUCCUGAAGCCACUGCAAGAAAGGAACAAAAUCUUGGAAUGGGAAAAAACAAGGCAAAAGGUCAAAAGGCAGCUCCUGAUGAAGUUGUAAGUAAGCCAAAGCCACUGGAACAAAUAAGAGUUAAAACUCUUGAAGAGAUACGACGUGAGAAGGCGCUGCGACGACAGGGGAACCAAGAGAGUCUCAUAAUACCUCAAGAGAGUGAGAAGCCAAAGAAUGAGACUCCAUCUAUCCGCAAAAAACUACUGCGAAUCAGCAAACCUACAGAAGCUGUCAAGCCAGAAAAGGCUGAUGUUGAACCAACAGAUACACAAUCAAUGGAUGUUGCUGCCGCCCAAGGAGAGACAAGGGAAAGUAAUCAGUCUGCAAAUGGAAAAGAAUGUCCAAGGUUGCAGAAAGUGCAAGUUAAAAGCUUUGAGGAAAUACUGAAGGAAAAGCGCCUUCGGCAGCUGCAGGAAACUGAUAAAGAGCCAGGUCAAGCCUUGCCGGGAGAAGAGGCGACCACAAAUAAAAUGGACUGUGAAAUCCAGGCUACUGACCAGAAUAAUCAGUCUGCUGCUUCAGAACUAAAACCAAACAAUCAACUUGUAACUGAACAACCAAUCGUUAAGACAGAUGGGAAACUGACCACUGCCAGAAAUGAAAUGGCAGAACAGCCACUUGCUCUGAAAGUAAAACCCAAAUUAAAUGUGAAACCGUCAUUUGUGAAGAAUUCCUGUCCUGUGAGACUCAACCAAAAGCGCAAAUCCCCUGACAGCCAUCCUUCCAGUAUUAUGGCAGUGAAGCCACUCAAUACUGGAACUGCUGAUCUGAUGAAGCAGCCCCCAGCAGGGAAGACCAUUACACCCACAGCAUUGCCAGAGCAGGCAGAAGAGGUAACCUCUCUGACUUUGCAGGUGCCAGAAAGGUCCAAAGAAAGGAAAGUUGAUCUACCUGUGCAGGGCAAGUCGACAAGCAUCUCACAAUCAGAGAUAAAAAAGUUUUCACCUCCCCAAGUGCCUGCUAAAUCUCGGAGGCUGAGCUCAACUGCAUCCAAGUCUGCCACAACUGAGGAUGAUUUUGAAGAGCUGAUGAAAGAAUUCUCAGAUGAUAAACUUGAAGCAGAAAUUGAUCUGGACCCUGGAAAGGAUGAAGAUGACUUGUUACUUGAACUGUCUGAGAUGAUUGACAGUUGAAAAACUUAAGCUUUGUUCAGACCUGCUCAAACAGAUUCAAACUCUGCCUCCGGAAUAAGCAGACAUUAACCAUGGACCUACCUUUUGUAUGCAGUGGGGCUGUGUAAUUUAUAAAGCUGUAAACAAAGCUAUGAUUUACGUACCAUGUACAGUUGGAAACCAUAUCUGUUUUAAGCACGUGCUGGUCUUAUGACCAGCUUAAUUAAUUGAUUAUCACCUUAUGACACUCACCACCUCCCAAAAAAAAAUGCAGGCAAAAGGUUGUGAGAUAUUAACCUGCCUUCAGGUUUACACAGUUUGAAGAAAACCCAGUGAUGAGGCUUAUUAUCAGCUUCAGAUGUUUUUCAGUCAGCAUUGUUGAAAGAGCCUUGCCCAUAUCUUGACGUUCAGCACUAAUAGGUGUGUGCAUUCUUUCCUUUGUAAUGGGUUCAUCCUUAGGCUUGGCUCAUUGGCCUUUCCUUACCUCAUCUGCCAUCAGAAAUGGGGACACAUAAGGUUAAUUCUCUGGGGAUUUCGUUUAUGUGUGGAGCUGUUCCUAACCUAAAGCUAAGUGAAAGUAUUUGGAGCAGCCUAGUUUAUAUUUUUUUAAAAUAAAAACUUUUAGAUUGUACACGUGGGCUUGCAAUUAAGAGUCCUGAUAGUGUAUGCUUUGGAAAAAUGAUUACAAAUUAUUUCACCUGAUGAGAGAAAUUAGGAUUUCAGGACUCCUAAGCAUAUUUUAAAGUGGGAGAAGCUUAGGUCUGCAUAGAGAAUGUUGUUGUAAACUGUCCUAUCUGAUACGGUUCUUGAAAGUUACUGGGACUAUUAUGAUGUUACAUUAAUAGUUGGAGAAACGUGUUUUUAGUUCCCAGCGUGUUCCGACUUGUAUCUGGACAGUUAAUUUGUCACUUUUGCAAAAAAAAAUGGUGUUUACCUCUUUAAUAUAUUGUUUUGUGUCUCUUUUCCCUCUGCCAACUAUAUACAGCCCAUUUGAAUCUGUCAUUAUUGUCUCAAGUUCAUCUUGUACCACCCCACGUGCUUGGGGUCAAGUUGGAAGAGGCUCUGAUCUCAAUGUAUGGGUAUUUGUAGAGAGUACUUGGCAGACCAUUCUGAUCUCUGUCCGUGGACGUAUGUAGCUACUUUGUAUGAUUUGUUGUGUUCACAUCCUGACUGCAGUAUAACAGCAAGUGGAAGAAAGUGUGGUUACUUGGAAAUUUUCUUAAAGAAACAACCAGCAUACAGGAGAUGUUGGGAUAAUAUUGAUAUUUACUUGAGGUGUAGUCUUCUGCAUACAAUCAGUGUUUUGGUUUGGGAAGGUGGCAUAGUCUUUCUUUAACAAAAAAUUGAAACUGUUUGCUGCAAGUUCAGUUACUGAGUUUUGAAGAAGAGUAGAUUCAUUGGGAUGUUCUACUUGGUAUGUAAAGCUGGAAGAUUUGGGGUCUGUAACUUCAACACUUUUGAAGGAUACGACCAGUGAUUUCUCAAGAUGUAGUAAAGCUAUCAGUAAAUAACCAAGUGUCUAAGAAGCUAAACGUCUAUAUCGUAACACUAGGGUUGGUCAGACUAUCUGCUGUUUCCAGGACAGUAUUGAAAGAUAAGUACCCUAAGGACUCCUUAAUGCACAAUCAUCUUGUGUUGAAGUUAGUAUUGUUUAUCCGUAAAGCCUGCUGUAUGCCAAUUGUUUAUAUUGUAUUAAGGGCAUAGCUAAGCUUUUGAUUUUCUGGUCACUACAUGAUGGGCUGAAAGAACAGGAGAAAAUCUGCCCCAACAGGAUGUAUGCUUAUGAACUUCAGAGAUUUGCAAGGAGCAGAGCCAGUUACUUCACUGGUACAGGCCUGUUAAUAUUAAAGCAUUUUUUCCUUGUGUAGAGCUUUUGUUGUCAGAGGUGAGGGAAGACAAAUCGGUUCACUCCAAGGUAAAUGUGUAGUGCCUUAGUUUUAACUAUUUGCUUUCUGCUCAGCAGAAGUAGCUUAAUUUCUAAUGUGUGACUACUUAAUAGUUUCUGCCCCCACUCCCAAUCAAAGCAGCAAAUUACAAAUAAGCAACAAAAACACUGCAGCUCUGGUCUUUGUGCCCCUGAAAUAAUUCUGAAACUAUUCAAAAGGCAGCAGGAACUGCACUGUAGAAAUCAGUGCUGACAUGGUCCUGAACUUGAAAGAAACACAAAACCAGAAUGAAAGCACCAGUGCUGCAGUCUUAAACUCCAGUAGCUAGUUGGUUGUUUUGAAUCAAAGUAGACAUAGAUGCUGGAACUACGAGAAAUAAAUGAAUUAGUUGUGAUCAUGGAGACCACUUUUUUUUCCAUUUGCUACUUACUUGUGUGUUUAAGUUGAUGGACUCCAUUCCUGCCAAAAUGGCUGAUGAGAAAACAGACAUUUUUAAAACAAUUGAAAACCCUACACAUUGUAAAUGCACACGGUUCAGUGAAGUGAAACACAAAUGCAACUUCACGUUCCAGAGCAGUUGCUAUCCUGUAAAAUAGUAGAGGUGCUUCUUCAAAGCAGCCUGUCAAUAUUCUGCAGAGGCAAUGCUAGCUUUCUUUAUGAAACAUUGUAAAAUAUUUUUGUUCAAUUAUGGUCUGCAUUUAGGUUGACGAAUAGAAUUUGUGAGUUUUAGGAUCUAAAGCAGAUGGUCUGUUUCUAAUAUUUCUGUACUUGUGUCCUUUGACUUGUGUACUUUUUCUUCUCAUUGUUCAGAUGUGCAUCCAUGUUGCUGGGUGAUUUUAUUUAUGACUGUGCAGACACUGAAUAUAUAACAUUUUCUUUGUAAUAAAAGGACUAUAUUGUUCACGUUGUGUAA